AUGGCAGGCUGUCACCCGAAACGGGAGAAGGGGACGAGGGAAGAAGGGAACAAGAGAGGGGGGACGGGUCCCCAGUGGGGCAUGCGUAGGCCGUGGAGAAACGGCGAACCGCGAGAUGCAUCCCGAAAGAAGACAGUGUCCACACGUGGCCAGAAUCUGUCGACUGAGUCCUGUCGUGAAGUCGAAGACGUGUUCCAAAUGACCUUCCUGCACACUAUUUUGCUGAGCAAUGAGGAGAACAAUCGCACGCAGGCAACCUGGCAACCUGGCAACCUGAGACUCGCCUCGUCGGUUCAGCCCGAUCGCUCGAUCAGUCAUGGAUUCAUCUCGGGGAAACCCCAAGGCACAGGCAUCAUCCAGGCCACGUCCCUUGCAGCGAGUCAAGCCUUCUUAUCCACUUCCUGGACGACCCGAACUGACCACUCUUGCACAGUCUUUAUUUUGGUCAUUGGUCACCACCACAACCUCGACGGCAACUGGCUGCAGGAACCCGUGCUGACCGCUCGGAUUCAGCGAUCCUUCGGCAUUCGCCUGACCGACUCUGCUUGUUUCAAGGAUGCCACGAGGCGGGUUGUGGGGAGGAGUGAAAUCAACAUCACCGCCGGCCACACAAUGAUUAGGGACCUGAACUUGCACGAUCAGACGAAUUCAACGGACGAUUCUGGCAAGAUCAAUUUGUCUGCGACGUUGCCUUGCUUGUUUGCCAACGGCUGCGGCUCACUUUGGUUCUCUUCUUCAGUAUGCCCAACCGUUGCCCUUCCAGGUUGGGACGCACGUGCGAUGCCUGAGCAUUACACCUGCAUACACGGUUCCGAGCCCCUUGGCGACAUGAAAACUCCGGACUGA